CCUAAUGAUGUUUACAGAUAUUGAUCCAAACGGAUGAGCUCUUUUGUGUGCAUCAGAAAUACAGUACUUUCCUAGGAUUCACUUGGCAAAUGGAUUUAUAGUUUAUGCUGUGGAACAGUAUACAAUGUCAGACACUGAAGCUGAUGAGAUGUAAGCAUGCUACAAUAUUCCUCAUCCAUUCUGUCUCCUCAAGUGCUUUUAAAGUUAUUCAGUACGUGAACUUGGUUCUCCACCUACAUAGAAUGGUGAGCAAGCUGUAAUUCUGUUGGGUGCAUAGUAGUUAAAACAAAUUUGGCUGCAGAUGAAGUUACGAAGGAUACCUGCAUGGGAAUACAGCAUGACAGAGUGCUGCACUUUUAUUUGCUGUCACUUCGUAGCCUAUGACAUAAUACACUCAAACAAUUACAACAGUAACUGCUUAUGUUCCUCAGUGUCUUCCAUAAAUAAGUGUUUUACGUACUUUGGUGAGCAGAGCAGUUUCAUUUAUCCAUGAACACUUAGUUCAAAUCAAAUAAGAUUAGUUAAGAUUAGGUAAAGCUAAAAAAGAGAGAAUCCUCUUGUGAUUUACCAUGAUCUAGUCAGGCUUCUUAUUAUUUACAUGCUAAAAUAGGCAUAAGUCCAAGAAAAGACCUCUAAGACCAAGGAACUUGCGGUGGCACCCGCCCCACCGCAACCUUUAAGCUCUGCGUCUGAGGAUUAGGUGGAGAUCCUGGCGUCUGCUGAGGACCUGGAUCUCACCAGUUUUUCCGGUGCAAUGGAUAGCGCUUGCACAGGUGCUCAAUCGGUGGCGGCAGGUUGCCUUUGAAAAUGCGGCGAAAAAAACUGAAGCCAACACUUAGAAGCAUCUACCAUUCCCCAAAAUAUCAGCCAAAGGUUGUGUUGGAGCGUUUGAAUCUGACAUCCCUGAGCAAAUACCAUCUGUCGAAACCCAAGAAACAAGUUACACAAGCAGCCACAACCGUCACAAAGGUUCUUCCACUACCACCAAGGCGCAAAAUCAGCAUAGAUUUUCUGAAAACGCAAAGUGUGCAAGAAAAUGUUGUCUCCAGUGGCUCAAGUCCUGUCGCAGCUUCUCGUCCAAAACGGAAAGGAAGUACAGCAUCUCACUCUGAUGAACAAGAAGUGCCAGUUAUGGGCACACACAAAACCAACAAAAGUGAGAGACUGAAAGCAAGAGCUCAUUCAUCGGGCAAACCUCCUGAUCACUCACAGCCUGAAUUAGGGUUCCAUGUGGAUAUUGAGGAACCUACACGUCAGAGGCCUUCUAGCUGCCCACCCAGAGCAGCAGUCUCAUCCACAAGCAGUGUAAAGAAGGGAAAUUAUGAGGAAGACGGGUUUGUGAACAGUGCAGACGACAUAUCUAGUCGAGAAGGAACACCUGAUGCUUCAUCUAGUUCCCGGCUUUGGCCCACACCAAAAAUUGUCUCUGUGUCGUCAAUGGCAGUACUAGACAGUGAGGCCAAACAGCGGCUUCGGAAACAAAUCAUUCCAUCACAAGCUGAAGCAGCAUCUACAAGUACCGGUACUCUCGAUGUGGAGGCAGAUCAGAGCAUUCGUCAGCCAACUACCACCACAUCAAGCCCCACAAAAGAUCAGACUACAGCUGAGCCUCCAACCAAAGUAGUACGGCUAGCAGAUGAUGCUGAGGAUGCUGUGCCAGAAGCAGAGGCCCCACAACCUGCCCAGCUGGGGUUCUGGGACAGGGAGCGUAGGAUUGCUGGCAUGAAAAAUUCUCUCUUCCGCCUCCAGGACGUUGUUACGAGGGUUUCUAAAGUGUCACAGUCACAAGCAGCUAAGAUACGGGAGUUGCAGGCAAAAGCAGAGAGUGUUCCUCAGGUGAUGUGUGACCCACGUUGUGUUGAAUUACAACGUACUCUGGCCAUACUUGGUAUUGGUGAUGAGAUUUUUGUUAAAUUAGCUGGCAUAAUUAGUGACUCCCAACCUGCAACAGAGUUUUUUAAUCCUAAAGCUGCAGCUAUCAUGAAUCUUAUAAGAGAUUAUACUUCUUUGUAUUGAGGUAUUGGAUUUUUUCCCCAUUGGUAGUAAAACUCAUAUUUUAUAAGGAUGUAUAAUUUUUUUACUGAUUUACUUGCUUUUUACAUCAGAUGUAUCUAACAGUGAAUAUACUUAUAUGCCACAUAUAUACUCACUGAUAAAACUUGAGUGCAGCAUGUAACAAUGCACAGUUGUAUGUGAGUAAUAUUUGUGUACUUGCCUCAAAGGCAAACUAUUAAAAUUUAGAUGGUCUGAAGAUUUCCUUAAUUUUUAAAAGAAAAUGUGAAAAUUCUGCAUCAUGACGUUGUUAAUAAAUGAAAUUCAUUUGCUUCUCCACAAA